GGUUUUUUCAAAUGUUGGAGAACAGUGAAUAACCAUAACAGUAUCAAGCAUACAUUGAAAUACAACGGAAAAGUUGAAGAUGUUUAUUUCAAAAUACAGCUCAGCCGCAGUAACUGCGUAACAGGAGCGAAAAUACAUACAUGUUUAUAUAUAGCAAACGAUUCGAGUAAAACAUGAUUAACAUAUAAGUAUAAAACAUUUGCACAUGAAUAGAUUCUAUUUCACAUAAUACUUUGACAGCAAACAGAGUGAACCCAUGCAGACCUUUGUAAACAAUUCCACGAGGUCGACAAUGACUGUAACGAAUAUUUAUAAUUAACACAUAGAGUAUCAGAAAAAAAUUAUUCUAAAUUACAUGGAUUUAUGUGCAUAUGAAAUAUGUAAGAUUUGUAGAUCAACAAUCUUUCUACUUUUUGUGAAAAAAAAUGGCCAAAUUCAUGGUCACAAAAUGGAAUCCUCAUUUUUUUAUUUUGGCAGUGUUGUUAUUUGCUUCUGUUGCACAAGGAUAUAAAAGAGUAUGUUACCAUACAAACUGGGCCCAGUAUAGAACAGCACCAUACAAGUUCUUCCCAGACGAUAUAGACCCUUCCCUAUGCACACAUAUUAUCUAUUCUUUCGGAAAAGUCGUGGGAAAUACCAUACAACCUUAUGAAUGGAAUGAUGAAUCUACAGACUGGUCGGUUGGUAAAUAUGAAGAGACCGCCAACCUGAAGAUGAAGAAUCCUGACUUGAAGAUAUUACUAGCCAUUGGAGGAUGGACUCAUGGCUCUGCACCGUUUACAGCCCUAGUAGACAAUACUAAAGACAUGGAAACAUUUGCGGCUAAAGCCAUUGAUUACCUGAGGGAAAUUAACUUUGAUGGUCUUGACCUUGACUGGGAGUAUCCAGCAAACAGAGGAAGUCCUCCUGAAGAUAAACAAAGAUUUACACAGCUUUGCAAGAUUUUGAGAAGUGCCUUUGAAGAUGAAGCAAAAAAGAUUAGUAGGCCUCGUUUACUUCUUACGGCUGCAGUUGCUGCUGGUGAAGGAACAAUUGAAUCUGCUUAUGAAAUUGGCCUUAUUUCAAAAGAACUUGACUUUAUCAAUCUUAUGGCGUACGAUUUGCAUGGAAGUUGGGAAACAUUCCUGGGGCAUAACAGUCCAUUAUAUGCCAGAUCCGACGAAUCAACUGAACAGAAAAAGUUAAAUCAAGAUUAUGCUGUAAAUCUUUGGCUUAAUGGUGGAACUCCAAAGGAGAAAUUAAUUCUUGGUUUGGGAUUGUAUGGUAGGUCGUUUAAGAUGGGUUCGUCUUCAUAUGCUUUAGGAAGCUCAGCAGCUGGAGGUGGUGCAGCAGGAAGAUAUACCGGGGAGGCGGGAUUUCUUUCUUUUUAUGAGGUUUGUGAGAAUCUAGCAAAUGGAUGGACCAGGGUAUGGAACGACGAACAGAAAGUACCAUAUGCAUAUAAAGGUGACCAGUGGGUUGGUUAUGACGACCUUGAGAGUAUUCAGAUAAAGGCAGAGUAUAUUCGACAAAAUAGCCUUGGUGGAUCAAUGAUAUGGGCUAUUGAUUUGGAUGAUUUUACCAAUUCAUGUGGUCUUGGAAUUAAUCCAUUAAUGUCUAAACUUAAAGAAAUGCUACCAGAUAGUACCGUGCAACCAACUAAGGCCACAUCCACUGUUGAACCGACUAAAGAACCAACUUCCUCUAAACCAACACUGACACCAACUACUGUACAAGCAACUGACAAGCCAACUCAAGCAUCAACCACUACCCAGCCAACUAGAGCACCAACCACUGUUCAGCCAACCAAAGCACCAACCACUGCCAAGCCAACUCAAGCACCAACAACUGUCCAGCCAACUCAGGCGCCUACCACUGCCCAGCCAACUCAAGCACCAACAACUGCCAAGCCAACACAGGCGCCUUCCACUGCUCAUCCAACUCAAGCACCAACAACUAAAAGUCCAGGAGGUUGUGGAGCUCCAGUUAACUGUGAAGAUGGAAAUUAUUACGUGGAUGCAUGCGAUCCUACAGUAUAUUAUCAAUGUGGUCAUGGGAUUGCUUACAAAUACAAAUGUGGUGCCGGUACUGUAUGGGACUCUAGCAAAAACAUUUGCAACUGGGACUAUAUUGUAAACCCAACAACCCAAGAUUCGUGUGCUCCAACAGAUUGUAUUGAAGGUAAUAUGUAUGGAGAUAGCUGUGAUGAUCAGAGUUAUUACAUAUGUUUUGGAGGAAAACCAUCCAAACAUACUUGUGCUGACGGCACUCUGUGGGAUAGCAGUAUCGAUAAAUGUAACUGGGAAGACGACGUCGGUGAUCAACGAUGUGCACCUGUGAACUGUGAGAGUGGUAAAUUUUAUGGUGAUAAUUGUGAUGACAAAGUUUACUAUUCAUGUUGGAAUGGAGUAGCAUAUAGAUAUACAUGUGCUCAUGGAACUGAAUGGGACGCUUCCAUUAACAACUGUAACUGGGUCAAGAGAUGAAAGUUUAGGUAAAAAGAAAACACAGCAGUUCAUAUAACCAAGGAGGUUUCUCUGGAAUAUUUACUACUGUAUAAAAUCAUAUUAUUACAUGAAAAUAAAAUACUUUAGACAUUCUAUCAAA